AACAGUAUACCUUGUGCCAUUUCAUCCAACUCAUUGAUUCAUCCUAUUGACGUAAAAUAGUAUCACCGACCCACCGUUGCACCCGAUAUUCACUUCUAGUCCUUUCUGUCUGUUAACUUCCCUAUCUCAAGCCUCUUGCACCUUUGCUGGACAAAGAAGAAAGAUCUAUCAUCUCUCUCUCUCUCUCUCUCUCUCUCUCCAUGACUCCCACUUUCCCAAAUUCAUCAUCUUCUCCUUUCCCUGCAGCUCUUAACCAAGAUCAGCAACUUCAACUACUCUACACUGCAAAACCUCAACUACUCUACACUGCAAAACCUCAAUCUUCUUCAUCUUCUUCUCUCUCCAAUCAUGUCUUCACCUACUCAAUUCAAGAUCAAAGCACAUGUCAUCAUAGGGAAGUACAGCAGCUAGACUAUCAACAAGAGGCUAAUAAUUUUGCUUCACAUGGAGGAUCAUAUGAUCAUUCAGCACUUGAUGUUGGUGGACAUGAAAAUCAAAGUGAUCACACCGGUUGUUCGGCUAAGUGGAUGUCUUCGAAGAUGAGGUUGAUGCGAAAGAUGAUGAUGAACCCGGAUCGAAUGGGUACACAAACACCAGCCUAUGGUCAUCAAAUGAAGUUUGGAGAUCAUCAGAAAAAACCAUCAUCUCCAAUGGAAACUGAUCAUAGCACCACCAACACUUCUUCUAACAACAGCAACAACAUCAACCCAAUUAGGGUUUGUUCUGAUUGCAACACUACUAAGACCCCUCUUUGGAGAAGUGGUCCUAGAGGUCCUAAGUCACUUUGCAACGCGUGUGGAAUUCGACAAAGGAAGGCGAGGAGGGCUAUGGCUGCGGCGGCAGCAGCAACAAACGGCACAAUUCUUGCAUCCACAACUUCAACAGUGAUAAAGACUAAGGCGCAACACAAAGAUAAGAAAUCGAACAAUGGUCAUAGAGCUCAAUUCAAGAAACGAUCCAAACUUCACACCGCCAACCCAUCUCAUGGAAGAAAGAAGAAGCUUUGCUUUGAAGACUUCUUGAUCAAUUUGAGUAAGAAUUUGGCUUUUCACCAAGUUUUCCCACAAGACGAGAAGGAAGCUGCCAUCUUGCUAAUGGCUAUAUCUUGUGGCUUCGUUCAUGGUUGAGUUUUCUAGCUACAAAUCAUUUGCUCCACACAAAAAACAUAUGAGACAGAAAAAAGACAAAGAGUGAGACAGGUGAUCUUAUAUGGAAUUCUCUACAUAUCUUUCUCGGUUUUUUUGUUUUCACAAUAAGAAUAGAGCAUAUUUGUGUGUGAGAACUUGUGUCUGAGAGUAAGAGAGAGUGUGAUGAUGAGUGAUCGGAAUCAAAAACUUAAUAAAAUCAAAAAUAAAUGUGUGUGGUGAUCUACCGAGUUUAGUUGCGUGAAUUUGAACAUGUUGAUAACCAAAAUGUGGAUCUCUUGUUCAUCAAUCUUUCAAAUUAUGAUUUCAAUUACUUAA